AUGACCUUGACCUGCACCGCCAAGGGCAACCCCGGCCCCACGUUUGAGUGGCUUCGAGAUGCGCACUUGGAAACGGGCCCGUUCAUUCUGAAAUACGCAAACGUCUUUUCAGACCCUCCGACUGUCGAGGUCCGUUCUUCCUGGACCAAGUUCAACCAGGGCGAGGCCAUGACACUGUUGUGUCAGGUGAAGAGAGGCAACCCCUGGCCCGAUAGCUUCAUGUGGCACAAAGACGACAAACUCGUGGCGUCGCGGCGAAAUUUGAUGGUGUCGUCGGUGCAGCCCGAGGACAUCGGACGGUACACGUGCACCGCCUUCAACGCGGGCUUCAAAGACAUGAAAGCGACUUCGGCCGAGCUUCUCGUUGACGUGGAAUACCGGCCGCGGGAAACCAGCCUUUCCAUCAUGGGGUCAACCAGCCCCAUGGUCAAAGCGGGCGCAUCGGCCCUGUUGCGGUGCGCCGCCGACGCCAACCCCAAGCCCGACGAGUAUGACUGGUCGCUGCUCAGCCAAGACGGGAGGACGUGGGAUAAGUUGUCCAAUGGCAACGAGGAACACUUGCUGGUGCGCGAGGUGCGGCUGAGCGACCGCCGGUGCUACGCGUGCCGCGCCAUCAACCAAGUUGGUUUCGGCGAAAACAGUCCACCGCUGUGCAUCCAAGUCAUGUACCGUCCGACAAACCUGCUGUUGUCCGUGCCUGACACGGUCACCGAAGGCGACCUGGUUUCCGUGCGCUGCUCUGUGGAAAGCUUGCCGCUCUCCAACAUGACUUUGACCAAGACGUCCGUCGACCGGUCAUCCGUGCGGUCUGUCACGAAUCAACUUGACAUGAGGGUGCAAUACAAUCUCCUGACCUUUGGCUUUGUGGCCACCUGGGAUGACGCAGGGGUUUACACCUGCACGGCUGCCAACAGCGAAGGAAGCGCAAGCGCGCAGAAGACUUUGGAAGUCACGUAUGCUUCCAGAAACGUGUUGGUGAAAGCGGAUCCGUCCCUGGUGGUCGCCAAAAGCACGUCGUUGACGCUGCGCUGCGUCGCCGACUGGAACCCGCCCAUCCGUUCGGUGACAUGGUGGAAGGCGGGACAAAUUGUAAACCAGGGACCAACCUUGACCUUGUCGUCCGUGGCGCUUGCCGACGCCGGCGUCUACGCUUGCACGGCCGGCAACGAGUUGGGCUCGGCGAGGUCAGCCCCCGUCGAGGUCACGGUCCACGACGGUCCAUCCGAACCGGUGCUAUGCAUGACGACCAAGGUGACCGAAGGCGAGCGGGUCAACAUGCUCUGCUCGGUGGAAAGCGACCCGCUCUCCACCCUCACCCUGACCAGGCAGUCGGCCGCUUGGUCGCCCGCGUGGCCCGGCGCCAGUUCCCAUGGCAACGCCGUCCAAAACAACACGCUGUCCCACACCUUCAAAGCCACCUGGGCGGACGGCGGCGUUUACACGUGCGAGGCCGACAAUGGCUUGGGAAGACGGAGGACGCAUAAGACUUUGAAAGUCACGUAUGCUCCCAAAAACGUGACAGUGAGAGCUCAGCCUUCUCUGGUGGUGACGGAAAACGCGACGGUGACGCUGCAGUGCGACGCCGACUCGGACCCGCCCGUCGAGUCGGUGACAUGGUGGAAAGUGAACGGCACAAGGUCCCGCAAUUUAACCCGCAGUCAUAACUUGACCAUCACGUCCGUCACGCCCGCCGACACCGGCCUCUACGCCUGUACGGCCACCAACGAGGUGGGCUCGGCGAGGUCGCCCUCGGUGGAGGUCGGCAUCAAUGUACUCAAAGUCAUGCAGAUAACCAGGCCAUCAUUCCACGCAGAUUGGUUCCUGAAGUUCAUCAUCCCUCCUCUUUGUGUGCUCUUCGUCGCGGUGCUUAUUUUCUUCAUCUGCAGGUUGAAAAUGAAGAGAAGUUCCCAUCAGCUAAGACAUGAAGAUGCGCAGAUCUCAGGGAAAGAUUUUGGUGAGGUCCAGACCAGCGAGUUGACCGCAGAUAACAAAGCUAACAAAUUCAGUUACAGCAUGAGCAACAUUCUCUUUGCUGGAAAGGAUCCGUCAACGACCGACAUGGCUGAAGAACUGCCCAAGGGCAGCUUUUUACAAGAUACUUCUCCACAAGCUGAACACGGGCAAAGAAAAUUUGGCAUGUACGCAUUUCCAAAAGAGAAGCAGUCCAAAGAGACAAGAAGCAAGGGCAUCAGCGAAGAAGUCCCCGCAGUGUACCUGAGCAAUGCUCAGGUACACUUCCAGGCCAAGCGGCCAUGCGAGUGGGCUGAAGACAAUAGCGAUGAAGAGAACCAUCAAUUCAGCUUCUCAGUCUGAUUGCUCACAUUAUUUGGUGCUACUGCACUCGCCUAUCCAAUGUGGCUUUGCAAACAUGAAAUGUUCAACUUUACGAUUUUUUUGUUUUUGUUUUUUGCUCCAAUCAGAUGUUGUAAAGGCUACUAGGACUUCUGGUCAAAAAAAAAAAAUGAAAGAAAAUGUUCUGUAUUUUUGUCCGCUGUUGAAAAUUAAAAAUAGCUCACCAAGAAUGAGGCAU